ACCUUUACCUUACAGCGAUGAGCGCCGUGUCAACGUCGUUGCGGCCACCGAUGCCCCUCAAUCGACAACUUUACUUAACAUGUUUGUUCCUGUAAAUAAUCAAUUUAUCUGCAAUGAAGCUGACGAACAAAAAGAAAGAAAAUGGACAGAAAAUAAAUAAGAAAAGUAAAGCCAAAUUGAACAGAAACUAAGAGCACUGGCAAUUCUAUCAACUAUUCCAUAUAAUGGGUGUGUUUAUGGAAAGACUUCUAAUUUUUUUUUAAAUCUUCAUGCAGGAAACAUUUAUGGACAAAUUCGCCCAGAUUCAAAAGAAAAUGUAUAAAUUUGUUCUGAAAUUUUCUUGGCAAAACUAAUUAACGAAUCGAUACAUGUUUUGACAUUUCAAGAAAUUUAAUUGGGCAAUGUGUAUUCAAAGCAGAAAUGGUAAUACAAAGAAAUUCCGACAAAUAAUACAGUGGAAACACGCAAAACGUUUAAGCCUAUGUAUUUAGUUACGUAAUACUAGAUCAAUUAAAUUAUGACCUCGAACUAACAACAAAAGAAACUCUACAUUACAGACUGCUGGUUAAGCGAAAGGUGUUCUCAGUCUCAGUUGCUUCCCAGUGAAAGCGAGGAUUGUGGAAGGGAUGGGUUUGGAUUUUUUCUAGAAAGCUUUCGUCUGGAACUGGAACCAGUCAAGCAAAGGAACUAGACAAGAACAGGAGCAUUCGACCCAAUGACGUUCACUACUGCACAAAACGACAGGAAGGAUCAUAUGCAGUGAUUUCUUUUUGCCUUUUAAUUUUUUUUACCACAAGAAAGAUGAAAGAAAUUUCUCCGACGCAGGAUCGUCAAAAUGGAGCCGAAGUCCAAAAGACCUGUUGUAGCACCGAAAGCGAUGCUGCAGCAAAAGGAGCUGCUCUGGUGGAAGACAUCCUGGAAAACGGUUCGCACAAACCACUCGACACCUCACCAGCACUUUUACCGCCCUGGUACGACCACGAAUUGGUACUGAGAGGGCAGGACUAUUUUAGUUGCAACUUGUUCAAUAUGUUUGUGGUCAAACUUAGCGGUCUCUUGUCUUUAUUGUCAAUUCCUUCAAUUUUGGAAGUAUUGAGAUUGACAAAUAAAUCUUAUACACCUUUAUUGGCCUACAAAAGGUAUUUACAGACAAUAAAUCAGAUGUUAACCUGGUACCAGUCAGAUUUAAGGAAUCCAAACUCACAAGGGCGGCAUUCAAUGGAAGUUGUAAGAAAACAUCAUGCCUUUGCAUCUAAAUCUUACGGCCCAAUCACACAAAAAGACAUGGCGGUAACUCAAUUUGGUUUUGUCGGUUUUGCAAUAACUUCGUAUGAUCAACUUGGACUUCCUAAAGAACAAACUGGUCUUAUCCACUUAUGGCGAGUUAUUGGACACAUGCUAGGAAUACAGGACAGAUUUAACCUUUUUAGAGGCUGUGAUUUAUGUACCAGAUCAGCCUGCCUUGAAAUGAGGAAAAGAAUUUUUGGACCAUAUGUCAACGACCCACCUAAACAUUAUCACACCAUGUCGAAAGCAUUGUUGGAUGGGAUGUGGCCACUUGUCCCGCUAAUGAACCAGGCUGCUUUUGUCGAACAUACAAGGAGGCUCUGCGGGCUGCCUUCUAAGGAAUUGACAUUAUUGCCAUUUGUGUUUCUAUAUUGGCAAAUAAUUAUACAUAGAUUGUCUCAAAUAAAAGUAGUUGCAUUUGUGAUGUUACCAAUAUUAAAUUUUCAAAUUUGGCUGACAUUGUUUAUUCAAAAGACAGUGCCGAUUCUAGCUUUCAUUGCAUUUGGUAAACAAUAAUUUCAACUGAGAAAUUAAGGUGAUAAAUAUGUACACUAGUAAAUGUUUUUUGUUCCACUUGUAAAUAACAAAUGCUCACUACAGGGAAAAAACAAAUCUACAUUCUAUUGUAUGUUGUCAUUUGAAAUAUAACAAUAUAUUUUUGUAGUAUUCGU